AUGUGGGGUGAUGAUGAUGAUGAUGACAACGGAAGCCGUUUUGCGUAUCGUCCUAACUCGAGAGAUGACCGUGAGAAGAGAAGACGAAGUGGAUUUCGAAGGGAUGGGACCAGAGGACAAGGCAGAGGAGGUGUAACGGGUGGAGAUAACGUCAUGUGGGGAAGACAGAAGAGGAGGGAAGUAAGUCGUGAUAGAGAAGACGCCAUGAAGGCUAAAAGAUUCAGGGGAGAUAACUUCCGAAAAGGAAGGGACACAGAAGGAGCGAGAGGAAGGGGACAUGAUGGAGAGAGAGGAGCUGGAAGGGAAGUUGGAGGCCAAAGAGGCGGUAACAGAGGAGGCCCAUUCCGCCAGCGCUACGACAGGCAACACGACGGACAGCGAGGCGUUCGGCCUAGAGGCCGCUGCCAAAGAGGGGACAACGUGGCUCAGAACGCAGCUAGAUCUAGAAGAGAAGGCUAUCGGACACGGGAAAAUACUAGAUAUGGACAGACCCAAGGAAAAUACCCAAAUAUCCAAAGUAACUUCAGACCACUAAGUUCCACACUUCUCAUCGAAAUACUUGAAAAAGACCCUUCCGAGGCCGCUACAGAACUUGGGUCCCUAAAAGGAAGCCUUCAAGCCAGUCUCAAUGAAGACUUGAUGAAUGAGGUACAACAGCAUCGUCUUUGGGGGGCUCUAGCAUUUAUUUGCGGAGCUCUAGGUACAGAACAAACAGUGAUCAUGCUCCUGACAAUGGCCCUCGAGUCCAAACUCUGUCGUCAGCAUUUACUCACGUUUUUGACCAAUCUCAGGCGUCCAAGAGAGAACAUCGACGGAAGACGGUUAAACCUUUUGAAGAAUGUCAUCACUGUCUUCCACUCAGCCAUGCAAAGUUUGCCAAGCCGUGCUUCAGAUCUCAAAGUUGCAGUCACUCUCAUCUCCGAUGCUGUAGCAGACAUGGAUGAAGACGACAAACGUGAUGACAUCAUGGAGUCAAUAAAGUCGUUGAGUAGUCACAAUGAGGACAUUGAAAAAGAAAGGGAAAGAAAGAGACAGAUGGACCACAUUUCUGAGAACCCACCUCCUGACGACUUCCGCCAGCAAGACAUUCUUCCCACUGUCAAGGAAUUGCAACCCGGAUAUAAGCCGUUUCUCCGUCCUCAUCUGACUAGGGGUGUAUAUGCCGAUGCAGACCACUACCUGGAUGUUCAGUUCAGACUCCUGAAAGAAGACUUCGUCUACCCUCUUCGCAAUGGGAUAUCAGAGUACUUAACUUUCAAGAAGGCGAACCCUGAAAGAAGGGCCAAACUUCAGGAUGUGCGAAUCUACGAGGAAGCCCAUUACGUAAAAUCUGUCCGUGAUUUCUCCGGAAUUUCACAUUACAUGGCCUUUAAGAAGUUACCUCGUGUCCGAUGGCAAUCGACAAAACGACUCAUGUACGGAUCAUUGCUCAUCCUAUCAACGGAUGAUUUUAAGUCCUACGUAUUUGCUACAGUGGCCAAACGGGACGUAGAAGAAUUAGAAAAGGGAAUGGUAGCUAUAGCAUUGGUCGACCAAGAAGAUGCAUCAUGUCUACAUAAUAAGAGUUUUGUGAUGGCAGAGUCCUCUGUCUUCUUUGGAGCUUAUCGCCCAGUUCUCCUGGGUCUCCAGCGAAUGUCUGGCCCAUACUUGCCGUUUUCCCAAUACACCUUGAGCAUGUUCCAUGAUGUAAAGCCACCCAGGUAUCUCCAAGAUUUGAUGGUAACUGAAGACGGUGAAAUUCCAUGUAGUAUUGAUAUCUCACCUCUGCUGAAAGGCAUACCACGAUGCUCUCCACUAGUUGAUGUGCCUGGCGAUGGUGCUUGGCCUGAUAUUGACGAUGUACAGCUCGACCAAUCACAAUAUGAAGCUGCCAAGACUGCUCUCACCAAAGAACUUUCUGUCAUACAGGGUCCCCCAGGUACUGGCAAGACUUUCAUAGGUCUGAAAAUUGUAGAGACCCUUCUCCUCAACAGAGAAAUCUGGUCAAGUGAAGAGAAACCUAGCCCAAUAUUACUUGUGUGCUGCACAAAUCAUGCACUGGAUCAAUUUCUGGAGGGGAUCUUAACAUUAAAUUGCUCUGGCAUCGUACGAGUUGGAGGCCGUAGCAAGAGUGAGCGGUUGCAGUCGUUGAACCUUAAACGGAUGGUUGGUCGGAGGGGACUACAUGGUGAAGAGUACGUUCAACGAAGGAUUCGUCAUGUCAAGAAAGAAGUUGACGCUACAAAGAGACGUGUGGAGAGAACGCAAGCCAGAAUAGAGGGUGCAAGAAAUGGGAUCAUCAACGAGUACGAACUAGGCCCGUUCAUGUCAUGGCAGCAUUACAACAGCCUCCUGCGUCUUUCUCAUUUGAAACAGUUAAACUCCUGGCUCGUAAAGUGGCUUCUCUGUGACUGUGAAUAUGACAGGGAUUGGAACCAGCAAGCAAGACAGGAUACACUAGAACAGAGAAAUAACCAGCAAGGAGAAGAGAGGAUAGAAAGCACAAAGCCUGAUCCUGUGCCAAAUGAAGCAACAGUUAAGGUAGAAUCCGAACGAAGUGCCAUCGAGUCUGAAAGAAUGAUUGAUGGCGAAUAUGGUAAGGAAGAUUCUGAUGAAGAGGAAGACGAAGACUACCCUUUCCUAGGCCUUGACUUAAAUGAUCUGAACAAAGCAGAGGACGGUAUCUUGCGGAGGUUCAUCCAAAGGAAGAUGUCUGGCAAAGAUGUUCUCGAUCCAGGUGCUCUUCAAUCAAUAAUGGAUAUUUGGAGUAUGUGUUCAAAUGACCGCUGGGCACUCUACCAUAUUUGGUUGCAUAACUACCUUCAACAGUUGAAAGGAAAACUGCCAGCCUAUGAACUCCAAUUCAAGAAAUCUUGUGGUCAGCUUGGUGAAGCUAAAGACGUAGAGAAAUACCAAAUCCUUCGACAGGCAACUAUAAUCGGUAUGACUACAACUGGAGCAGCUAAUCACCAGCAGGUUUUGCAGAGAGUCCGGCCAAAGAUUGUAGUAGUUGAGGAGGCAGCUGAGGUACUGGAGGCACACAUCAUCACGGCAUUAAAUGCAUUCUGUCAACAGCUCAUUCUCAUUGGAGAUCAUCAACAACUUAGACCAAAACCGAACGUGUACCACCUGGCCGAGAACUAUCAUCUGGACGUUUCAUUGUUUGAAAGACUUAUCAACAAUGAAUUUCCUUACUCACAGCUUGAGCUGCAACAUCGGAUGCGUAUCGAACUGUCGAAUCUGAUGAGAAGGCACUUCUACAGCAACCUUCGCGACCAUGAAACGGUGAAGCGAUACGAAAGUUUGAAAGCAGUUCAAAAAGAUAUCUUCUUUCUAGAUCACGCGGAACCAGAAUAUGAAAUGGAAGAUACACAGAGUCACUACAAUCUCCAUGAAGCCAGACUCGUAGUAGCGUUGUGUAAAUACUUCCUGCAGCAGGGGUAUGAACCUGAUAAGGUUACAAUCCUCACAGCUUAUACAGGUCAGCUACUGAAAAUCAAACACAUGAUGGAUCGUAGCAACUUUGAGGGAGUCAAAGUUACCUCAAUAGACAGCUACCAGGGUGAAGAGAAUGAUAUCAUUCUUCUGUCAUUUGUGAGGAGCAACAAUCAUGGGCGCAUUGGAUUCUUGGGGAUUUCGAACCGAGUCUGUGUCUCAUUGUCAAGAGCAAAGAAAGGGCUCUACUGCGUUGGAAACUUCACCCUCUUUGCAGAAAAGAGUGAUCUAUGGAAGGGAAUAGUGAAAGAUCUAAAAUCAAUGGGAUCUAUCGGAGAUUCCCUUACGCUGCAAUGCACCAAUCAUCCAGAAGAGAAGACAGCGGUGAAAACUGCCGAUGACUUCAAGAAGGUACCACUAGGAGGAUGUAGUAGAGACUGUGAUACCAGGCUUGAUUGUGGACACGUUUGUCGAUUAAAGUGUCACUCAGCGGAUCUAAAUCAUCUCGUUUACAAGUGCAAGGCUCCUUGCUCCGAGGUUAUCUGUGAGAAAAACCACAAAUGUCCAAUGCUAUGCUCAGAUCUUUGCUCGACCUCUUGUUCAGUUAUUGUGGAGAAGAUUCUGCCCUGCCGUCAUGUCUGCAAAAGGGAGUGUAAUACCGACAUUCAGGUCAUUAUGUGCGAGGAAAAGGUUGACAAAACCUUAAGUUGCUCACACGUCCAAUCUCUUCCUUGCCACAUGUCAACGGCGGGACUUGAAAAAGAGUGCGAGGUCAUCAUCAACAAGGAACUGCAGUGCGGCCACAGAAAGACAGAGAAAUGUAAUGGAAGUGGUCGAUGUGAUGAGAUAGUCUUACAAGUUCUGGGAUGUAACCAUACCUGCCAAGCAGCGUGCCAUAAAGAUCCAAAGAACAUCAGAUGCGAGGAAAAUGUUGAGAAAACCCUACCAUGUGGACAUAUGCAUGCUCUUCUCUGUUCCGAAAGUAUUGACAAUUUUAGGUGCAAUACAAUUACCAGAAAAAAUCGUUCAUGUGGACAUGAAAUCAUGGAGAAGUGCUGCCAUAACAGUAAAUGUUCCGAACUUGUAGAGAAAACCUUGCUUUGCGGUCAUAAAUUUGAGAUGAAGUGUUCGACCGAAGUUGAAACAGUAGUAUGCGAAGCAAAGUGCGGUAAGCAGCUUCCAUGUGACCACACUUGCAAGCAAAGGUGUGGGGUGGAUUGCACUGAGAACUGCACAGAGAUGAUCACCAGAGAGGACUGGCCAUGCGGUCAUAAGGUAACCGUUAAAUGUUGUGAUGAAAGCGACGCAUGCUACAUCGCCUGUGAGGAGAUCUUGAUGUGUGGUCACAAGUGCAAAGGGACCUGUGGAAAAUGCUCACAAGGUCGUUAUCACCACCCCUGCAUUGAGACGUGUAAGAAAAAGCUGGUGUGCGGACAUGAAUGCGCCCUCAAUUGCGGUGCACCAUGUCUUUCAUGUGAAAAGAAAUGUCCUCGGCGUUGUCGCCACUCGCAGUGCAAGCAUCCGUGUAGUGAACCAUGUGAUGUUUGUACGAAACGAUGCAACUGGAAAUGUAAGCAUUACGAGUGUAAGACGUUGUGCUGCGAACCUUGUGACAGACCCCCAUGCAACAAGCCCUGUCCAAAGAAACGGAAAUGUGGUCACCCUUGCAUCGGCUUAUGUGGUGAGAUCUGUCCCAAUAAAUGUCGCAUCUGCGACGAAGAAGAUUUGGAGCAACGUUUCUUUGGGACCGAAGAUAUCCAGACGGCAAGGUACAUUCAACUAGAAGACUGUGGACAUUACUUUGAGGUAGGAGAGCUUGACAAGUUCCUUGGACUAAGCACACAAUCCGACGGUGCAGGAACAUUUACCAAAUUAUCGGUAAAAACCUGUCCAAGAUGCGAAAAACCCAUUCAGUUCAGUCGUCGCUACAGUAAUAUCCUGAGAGAAUCUUCAGCGAUUAAGCCGCGAAUCGUGGAAAAGCUACAGGAUGCUCGCAAUAGCAAUGAAGACAAACACCUCCUCCAUGAAGUCAACUUAGCCGUCAUGUCGGCGAGACAAACCAUUCAAAUUUUGUCACUCCAAUCGUCAACAGCGAUCUACUCAACGCAAUUUGGGGCAUUGGUAGAGAGUAGAAAAAUGAUAAACCGGCCAUUUUUGAACAAGCUUCAUGAACUUCUCCAGGUAUCAACAGAGGAACUGCACAGGCAUAGCGAGUCGUCACCGAAUGUGCUCGUAGAUCAACGCGCAAACGAUCUCUGGAAUGAGAUGAAUCGAGUGACUAUCAUGUGUGACUUGGCCGAAGUAUUGAGGGAAGGAGCAACAGAAUCAACCGAAGUACCCAGACUUCUCAAUAUCCUAGACCAGGACAGGAAUAUGACAUCAGGACAUGUCAUCCUUAACGAAAUUCGCACUGUAAAUGGGAUGAGCCAUACUGGCAGUAGCCUACGGACUUCUAAACGCCCUUCUCGUCUUUCCUUCGACGUAAACAUGUGGUUUACUUGUGCCAAAGGACAUCCCGUUUCGAAUGAUCAGCUCAAGGAGGACGCGUGCGAGGACUGCGUCUUGGAGAAGGAUGAGCAGGAAAGACCCCGCUCCGAGGUUUCUGCAGCUGUAGGACAACCGGAUGACCAAAGACAGAAUGUGCCCAGUCAUCGAGGUGUCGGUAGUCAGCAAGGCCAGCGGGGUAGGGGACGAGGACGUGUAAGAAGAGGUCGAGGUGGAAGGGGUGGUCACAAGAGAGACUACCAAAGAAACUAUGGCCCGUUUUAUGCCUGAAUAUGCGAUCAGAAUGUUCGUACAUAAGAUAUUGCUAGACAUUUUGCAGGAAGAUGUAUAUAAUCGAUAUAAAUCACGGUUUAUGAAUCCUACUGACCUUCGUAUGAAAGAUGUUUUACCCAGAUAUGCUUUAUUGAAAGAUCGUAAUUGAUUCGAGCUACAUGUAUAAUAUUUUUCAUUGAGAUGAAUAACGCCUGAGCAAUAAAUUGAUAACGAAUUCGAAGUAUACUGAUUUGCCGAAGUCUUUUUAAUCUGUUUAGAAUGUAUUGGUUUCAGUAUACUUUAUUCAAAUUAUUUUUCAUGAAUUAUUUUAAGGACUUAUGACAAAUAUGAAAUAUAUGAAAGAAAAGAACUUAUGAAAGAUAUUCCAUGUGCUUUGUGAGGUAUAAAUAAUCGUUUCGUAACGUAUGUAAAUAUUCUUUAUAUUUUCUGUUUUUAUUUUAAUUGGACCAAUUGUUUAACCCCACCUUUUCCCUGUUUAAUGAUAUUAAAUAAUAAUAAAAAAGUUACUUAUAAAGCGCUUACCACCGCCGUCUCUAAGCGCUAUUAAUACUUGAAUAGUAUGGUAGAAAUAUAGAAGAACGCAGAAAAAGUACAUGUCUGUAUAAGAAUACAAAUUCGUAUCAAUAUGUUGUAAAUAGAUCUUCACUUUCUUGAUCUUCAAUCAAGAUGCACUUAGGUGUACACUAGUUUAAGAAUUUGAAUUUUUGAAAUAUAUUGAUCGUAUCCAACAGUUCAAAGUUGUUUUAAUGCAAUACUGUACUAGAAGCCCUACCGCAGAAUCCCUUUUAGUGCCAUGUCAAGUCAACGGUAGCAGUAUGGUGUCGUUGGUUCUCGCAGCGAAGUGGAAAUCAAUUAUUUGAUUAUACACCGUUGGCAAGUUGACCGUGAGAAGGUUCUGUGCAAUUACUAGUAUGCUAGAACAGAAAGUUCAUCAAUUCAGGAUAGCUUUAAGUUAAGAUGGCACACAUGGGAACAUGUUGUUGUGUUUAAUAUGCAAUGUUGAUAAGGCUGAACAGUCUGUACACUUAAUUGUGUCUGAGAAAGGCGAAUUAUGAAAUUUAACAUAUGAAUUUCACUAUUGGUUGGUAUUACAUGAACCACCAUCCUACUAAGAAAACGCAUUGUAAAGCAUUGUUAAAAAUCACGACUUUCCCAUUUUAUCCCUCAAGAUGUAAAUAGAAAAUUGAUUUACAUGAAGGUUAUUUUGUGUAAAUCAUUGAUUCAUGCAGUUAGUUUUCAUGUAUAAAGUUUAUUUGACUACUCAUGCUUUUUUUGUAAUUGAUAGAUUUAAUUAGAAUCAAUAAUACUGUUAAGAUAAAAGAGUUAUGUAUACUCCUUGGUCAUUCAGCAGUUGACAAAUAUGUAUCGUAUCUUUAGAAAUAUUAGAAAGAAUCGUGACACAUUGGUACUGCUUUAAUAAAUUGUAUUGGUAGAUAUAAGCACUAAAAAAUAUAUAGAAUAACAAUAUUUUUUUUAUUAUGUAUAGAUAUCAAGAUUUUCAUUUAAGGUUUUGUGACAUUCUUCACUACAUAAAUUUCCAUCAUCUCAUACUGGUGAUCUACUAUAAUUAGCGUUGUUGAGGUUAAGAAAAGAAAAGCAACGUAUUAGAUGAUAGCCGAUCAAAGAAUAUACUUCUAAAUUGAAGAAUUUUUGCUGAUGACAAGUACUAAAAUAUUGAAAAAUUACUCUCAUUAUCAGAAUUUGGGAAUAAAGGUUAACAUUACUGUACAUUAUAUUGAUUUUCUAUCCUCACGGUCGUUUAUUAUAAUUGCAAUUUUAUAAUGAGAUUUAUGCAACCUAGGUUUAAACUCCCAAGUGUUCAUGAAACGGAACAGUAAAACAAUAUAAUCUCCCUUUUUUUGUUUGCACCAACCUUUCAUGUUUGAUAUGUGUGGAGUCCCAUGUACUCAUUUUU